AUCCGAGUGCAGAUGCCGUCAUCGUUCGGAAUGCCCAUUCAUGUGUGCACUUGGGCGUUGGACUCCGCAUCUUAUUAGCAACAAGGGAGAUUUCUCCAUUUUCCACCCUGUCUACGGCGGCACAGCCACAAAUCUGGGAUUUUUUAUUACUUCUCUUAACUUGGCAGGCUUUUUGCGAUUUACCCAUUUUGUUCACUGCAACUGGACUUCGAUUUCUUCUAGUGUAAACUUUUCAAAGGGGGGCCAAUUAAACUGAUCUUGCGCAUAAGAAAGAAGCUUGUGGUCUUUGUUCGUUUUUGGAUAGGCUGAGUUUCUUUGUUGGACAGAAAGCAUGGGAGCGCAAUUCUCCAAAUCCGCUGCAAAAGGCGAAACCGCAACUGAAAAGCCAGGAGAGGCGGCUGCUUCACCGUCCAAGACAAAUGGCCAGGAGAACGGCCACGUGAAAGUGAAUGGGGAUGCCUCUCCUGCUGCAGCAGAGGCUGGUAAGGAGGAGGUGCAGGCCAAUGGUAGCGCCACCGCCGAGGAGAGUCCAAAAGAGGAGAUUGAGAAGGCAGAGGCAGCUCCGGCAGAAAAAGAGGUAGCAGAGGGAGACAAGGAGAAUGCAGAGGCUGCCUCUCCUGCCCCUGAAGGGGAGGCUUCUGCGAAGGCAGAAGAAGGCGCCACGCCCUCCACCAGCAACGAGACCCCCAAAAAGAAAAAGAAGCGCUUCUCCUUCAAGAAGUCGUUCAAGCUCAGCGGCUUCUCCUUCAAGAAGACCAAAAAGGAGACGGGCGAGGGCGGAGAGGGCGAGGAGGCCAAGGCUGAGGCCGCGGAAGCGCCCGAGGCCGCGGAGGCCAAGCCCGCUGAGGAGGAGGCCGCACCCGCCGCACCCGCCGAAGAGACAAAGGAGGAGGUGAGCUCCUCACAGGAGGCCAAGCCCGAGGAGACGCCAGCGGAGAAACCGGCGGCGGCGGCGGCGGCGGAGGAGGAGGCCGCCCCCGCCCCGGAGGCAGAGGAGCCCAAGGAGGCCGCGGCGGAGGAGAAGCCGGCCGAGCCCGCCGCCGAGGAGGCCAAGCAGGAGGUGCCCCCGAAGGAGGAGGAGCAGGCACCCGCGACACAGGAGGCCGCCUCCAGUCCGGAGGCCCCGGCGGCUGAGGCCGCAGAGUAAACGCCCCCCCUCCCCCCGACGUCGCCAGAGAGAAAGAAAACGAAGAAAAAGGAGGAAAAAAAAGAUAAUCAAAGACCUUUUUUCCCUGUUUGUAUGUUGGAGAGGUGCCAGGUCCUGGCUUUUGGAGAACUUGUCUACAACCAGGGAUAUUUUAAAGCUUUUCUCUUUUUGUUUUCCCUACCCCCCCUCCACAAAACCCAUCUCGGUCCAUUGUUACUACCAUUCCAAGGGGCAGAGAGGUGGGUGGCUUAGAUAAGUAAUAUGGGAAAAAAAUGCAUCCAAACUCUGCCAUAUACCUUUUUUUUUGCAUCAGUAUUAAAUGUUCUGUUUUUUUUUUUUUUUUUUUUUUUUGCAUAUUUUGCAUUUUUAUACAAAAUGUAAACUUGUCAAAUGUAUGGACAUGCCCAUGGUAUGAAGGAGGAGGGUGGUCAAAGUUAAGAUGUAAAUGAAGGGUUGAGGGGGUGGGGGGGUGGGGUGGGGUGGGAGGGAACAAGGGGGCGCGGCACCAGUUGUGGCACUUUUGUUCCGGGGAGACAUGCCACAGCUUAUGAUGUAAAGGGUAGUCUUUUAAAAAAAGAGAAACAAAAACGAUGAAAUUACAAAUGUCUUUUGUGUACCAUAAGCGUACAAUGCGGUUUACAACACUAAGUCAUUUUUACGAUGAGAAGACAAAGUUAAAAUUCCCAGAACUAGGUUUAGGAGGUCAUUUUUUUUUUUAAAAAAGAAGAAAAAAAACCAUAGGAGCUUUUCACUUCUCAUUAGCUGUACCAGUCAGUGAUUCAGUAGAAAUACAAGUUGUAUAGGCUUUCUUGUUUAUUGCUGGUUUUAUGACCUUAAUAAAGUGUAAGUAUGUAUAGGCGGGGUGUUUUUAACUGUGAUUAUUGUACAAAUGAAAUCUUGAUCUUAAAGAAGCACAUGAAGGUUGCCGCUCUUUCCACCCUGCUCAUUUUUGUAAGAUAACAAAAAAAAAGUCAUCCUGGAAGACCUUUUAAGCAAUUUUGAACUCAAAACCAAGCUGUGAUAAGUGGAAUGGUUACUGUUUAUAUACUGUGGUAUGUUUUGAUGACAGCAGACAAUGCUUUUCUUUCAGUGGUCUUUGACAAAUUAAGGAAUCUUUCAGAUGCAAUGUUUGUGUAGCAUCUUGUCUCUUUUUUUUUUUUUUCUUUUCUUUUGUAAAUACUGGAGAAGCUUUGACCAAUUUGACUUAGAGAUGGAAUGUAACUUUGCUUACAAAAAUUGAUAUUAAACUCCUCUGCUGAAGGUGUUCUAAUUUUCUGUGAGCACACUAAAAGCAAAAAUAAAUGUGAAUAAAAUUUGAA